AUGUUAUUCUUCAAUAGAAGUGUUAAGAGACCAGGAAGCAGGUUUAUUCCUUCUAAUCUCUCAAAAUAUUUAAGCACUAAGGUAAUUGGUAUUGAUUUGGGGACUACUAAUAGUGCGGUUGCAUAUAUUAAAGAUUCUGAUAAUAAAAAAUCAUCGACAAUAAUUGAAAACUCUGAUGGUGAAAGGACAAUACCUUCGGUGGUUGCAGUUGAUCGUAGUGGUUCAUUUUUAGUUGGAAAUAAGGCUAAACAUCAAGCAAGUAUCAAUGCAGAAAAUACUUUCUUCGCAACUAAGAGACUUAUUGGUCGAUCUUUUGACUCUACUGAGAUACAGAAAGAUAUUAAAUCCAUGUCAUAUAAGAUUGUGCCUUCACCCCAGAAUGGUCAGGCAUAUUUAUCCGCUAAAAAUGGUAAAGUAUUUUCACCAAGUGAAAUAAGUUCUGUGAUAUUGAAGGAAUUGAAAAAAACUGCCGAGGAUUAUCUUGAUGAAACUAUUGAUAAAGCAGUAAUAACUGUUCCAGCUUAUUUUAAUGAUUCUCAAAGACAAGCUACAAAAGAUGCAGGAAGAUUAGCGGGAUUGAAUGUAUUAAGGGUAGUUAAUGAACCUACUGCAGCUGCAUUGUGUUACGGUCUUGAUGAUAAAGAUAAAUCCGGCAUAGUUGCAGUUUAUGAUUUAGGUGGUGGUACAUUUGAUAUUUCAAUUUUGGAUAUAGAAGAUGGAGUAUUUGAAGUUCGUUCAACUAAUGGUGACACACACUUGGGUGGUGAAGAUUUUGAUAAUGUUGUAGUAAAGCAUAUAAUAGAUUCGUUUAUCAAUGAAAAUUCCACAUUGGAUGAAAAACCCAUUACAGAAAAUAGAGAAAUAAUGCAAAGAAUACGGGAAGCUGCAGAAAAGGCUAAGAUUGCCUUAUCUCAUGUUUCGGAAACAUUUGUAGAUAUUCCAUUUAUAACGAAGACGAAACAUAUACAUUUAAAGUUAACCGAAGAAGAGUUAGAUAAUAUGACCAUGCAUUUAAUGAAUCGUACAAUUGAUCCAGUGAGGAAGGCAAUAAAAGAUGCAGAUAUUGAAUUUUCAGAUAUUGAUGACGUUAUUUUAGUUGGUGGGAUGACAAGAAUGCCAAGAAUAAGAAAGUUAGUAGAAGAAACAUUUUCGAAGAAGCCAAAUACAUCGGUUAAUCCUGAUGAAUCAGUUGCACUAGGUGCUGCAAUCCAAGGUGGUAUUUUAUCUGGUGAAAUCAAGAGUGUUUUGUUAUUAGAUGUCACACCCUUAACAUUAGGUAUUGAAACAUAUGGAGGUGCAUUUUCUCCACUGAUUCCACGUAAUUCUACGGUUCCUGUUAAGAAAACUGAGGUCUUUAGCACCGGAGUUGAUGGACAAACUGCUGUUGAUAUUAAAGUAUAUCAAGGUGAAAGAGGAUUGGUUUCUGAUAACAAAUUAAUAGGUGAUUUUAAAUUGACUGGAAUUGAACCCAUGUUAAAGGGCAAACCUCAGAUAUUUGUGACUUUUGAUAUUGAUGCAGAUGGUAUCCUAAAUGUGUCAGCAUCUGAAAAAAGCAGUGGAAAGGAACAAUCUAUCACAGUUAUUGCAAACUCAGGAUUGACAGAAGAAGAGAUUAAUAGAAUGAUAGAAGAAGGGAACAAGAAUAAAGAGAAAGAUAAUAUAGUAAGACAAAGAGUUGAAUUGAUAACUAAAGCCGAUAUUAUGAUUAGUGAUACUGAGCGUGCAUUUGAACAAUAUAAGAAAGUUAUUUCUUUGGAGCAGUCAUACAAACCAAUUCUAGAGGAACUAAAGCAAGUCAGGCUUCUGAUUAAUAAGUUUAAAGGGAAUGAAAGCAGUGAAGAAUUAAAUGUCAAUGAUAUUAAGAGAAGUACAGAUGCGUUACAAAACAAAGCCUUGAAAUUAUUUCAAAAUGCCACUAAAAGGCAAUCAAAAGAAAAUCAAAGACAGAAACAGUAA